GCUGCUCUAAGUCCCCACGCUGGAGCGGAGGCUCCGCUCUGAGCGGUCAGGGGAGAGGAGCGCACUGAGAACUCUACUUUCUCAUGAGCCCGAGCCCGGCAAAUGGGCGAAUGAGGAAGGAGAGCGGGGACAUGGACUGCUAUCUGCGUCGCCUCAAACAGGAGCUGAUGUCCAUGAAAGAGGUGGGGGAUGGCUUACAGGAUCAGAUGAACUGCAUGAUGGGUGCGCUGCAAGAACUGAAGCUCCUGCAGGUGCAGACAGCCUUGGAACAGCUGGAGAUUUCUGGAGGCACGUCGGCCUUCAGCUGCUCUGAGAGCUCACAGAAACAGCCCGAGGGUCCUCGCUGGCAGGGCAGUGGAGGUCCUGCCAGGCCUAUGGUCUCUCCUUCCUCCAGCCAGCCUUCCUUUGACAGCAGCCCCAAGUUUCCAUGCCAUAGGAGUGUCUGUGGGAAGGAUCUUGCUGCCCUUCCCAACAUGCAGCUGCCGGAGGACCAAAGCAGUACCCAACAGGGGCUGGAGUGGGUGGAACCAGAUGACUGGACCUCCACGUUGAUGUCACGGGGCAGAAAUCGGCAGCCUCUGGUGUUAGGGGACAAUGUCUUUGCUGACCUGGUGGGCAACUGGCUAGACUUACCAGAACUGGAGAAGGGUGGGGAGAAGAGUGAGACUGGGGGACCCAGGGAGCCCAAAGGAGAAAAAAGCCAGUCCCGGGAGCUGGGUCGCAAGUUCGCACUAACAGCAAACAUUUUUAGGAAGUUCUUGCGCAGCGUGCGGCCCGAUCGAGACCGGCUGCUCAAGGAGAAGCCAGGGUGGAUGACGCCCAUAGUCUCCGAGUCACGAGCAGGACGCUCGCAAAAAGUCAAGAAGAGGAGCCUUUCCAAGGGCUCCGGACGGUUCCAUUUCUCAAGCACGGGAGAGCCCAGACACACUGAAACCCCUGCCACAAGCAGCCCCAAGGCCUUAGAACCCACCCGUGGGGGCUUUGACAUUAACACAGCUGUCUGGGUCUGAAUUUGAGAGACACUGGCUGAAGCUAAAAGGCGGUCUCGUACUGGGCCCUGGGGGGAGAGGGAGGGCAGAUGGCAUGGUCUUCAGGCCAGAUGCGAGUUCCCAUCCUCAGAAAGAAAGGAAAGCAGAGUUCUUAGUCAGGUCUCACUAGAACAGUGGGGAGAGGCUGUUAUAGAACAGGCUGAGGUAAGAGUCCCUGGAGAGAAUGUGUGUAUUUGUGCGUAUGGGUGUGUGUGCGUGUGCGUGUGCGUGUGCGUGUGUGUGUGUGUGUGUGUGUGUGUGUGUGUGUUGUUCUUUUGAGGCUGAAUGUGAGAGUAGUUGGGAGAGAGGCAGGGAGGAGUCCAAGCCACGCCUGCAUUCCUCUAUUGCCUUCCCAAGACCUCAGUUGAACAUUCUAUAUGGAAAGGGACAUUGAGCCCUCUGGUUUCCCAGAGGAAUUCCCAAUAAAGACCUGUCUCAGGGGUCCCCAACCAUUUUAAUGGUCUGCUUCCCUGACUUUUUUUUUUUUUAAGGACUGGUCUCUCAGGAUGGAGCACCAGAGAGGGAAUUCCCUACACACAGCCCUUCCUAGUACCAAGAUUUCAGCCCAUAGCUGGGUGCUGGGUGCUAGGACUGGAACAAGCAGGUGUGUGUGUGUGUGUGUGUGUGUGUGUGUGUGUGUGUGUGUGUGUGUGGUGAGGAAGCCUGAGAUGCUCUUGCAUCCCCAAAGUGCAGAGGAGGAGCAAUGUGCCUUCACCCAGGUGCUGUCUCACGAAUCCAAGUAGGCAUGCCAGCUUUCCAGAUGAAGCAGCAGUCUCCGAGGUGUCCAAGAACACACGGCUGGUAGGGGACAAAACAGGUGAGGGCAACCUCAGGGUUAUUGAUGGACCCUGGAGUCACAUUCUGCCUGGCUGAGCAAUGGGUCCCCAUCCUGACUCCCGUUGCCUGCCCUAAUGCUCCUGCAGGGCAGCAGAUGAUUGGGGUGAGCCCAGAAACAGUCCUCAUACAUUAAAAAAAAAAUCCCUAGUCCGCAUCUCGUAGUCACCCAGAGAAUAGAACGAAUCCCGGCCUCAUCUACCCUCAUCACCCUGGAAGUCAACCGGGGACCCUCAGAGUGAGGUUGACGCCAGGCACGUUGUGUAGUGAGCCGGCAAGCAAGUCCAGGGCCGCCUGGGUCCACGGAGGGGCCAUCUUGGCCCUCCCUCCUUGGCCAGGAGAGAACAAAGUAGGUCCCUGUUGGAGCCCAGCCACCCUGGAGAACGGCUUAGCUCCUCCCUCACCCCCUCCCUCCCCCCUCCCGCAGACCCAGCUCAGCUUGAUGGGGUGUGACAACUGCAAUUAGAGGCGAGCCGCCUGCUGCCCCCAGAGCAUUAAGAGCAAAUUGGAGAAGAAAACUAACAAGAGAAGCUCUUCUGCCUGCAGCCUGGACCCCCAGGGGACAGAGUGGGGGAAGGGGGAGUGUAGGCUGGAACUGGGUGUGGGGAGGUAACAGCAGCUGUGGGGAGGGUCACCUGAAAGUUCCCACGCAGUCGAACGAUAGAUGGUUACUUUUUUAAGUGGGCAAAGGGUUUUUUUUAUUUGUAUUUUUGAUCUGUCACUUUUUGCCAGGCAAUGUGCCCAUCUCUUUCAGACCUAGAAUGACCUGGAAUUAUUUUCCCGAUAAAUCAAUGGGUCAAAGAGUCAUGGCAUGCCAGCUGCCCAGAUCAGGAUUCUUGCAAAAGAAAGCAGCUCCCAGUUUGGAUCCCUGGGCACCAGGCCUAUCUACCUUGGCCUGGAGUCUGUCAGCUGGGCUCACUCUUUCUGGCCAAGCGGGUCCUUGUCCAUCCUGCCUCCCCUGAAUUUCUUUGGCUGCCUUUGGUGGCUGCAGCAAUGUGUGGAGAAGAAGAACAUGUGAAAAACUUACACCCUGAUUCCUGAAG